CGCCCGCGGCGGGCAGGGGGCUCGCGGCGCCUCGGCGCAUGUGCGGCGCGGGCGGCGGUGGCGGAGGUGGCCGCGGAGGCGCUGGCUGUCAGUGAGCAGCGACGAGCCGGUGCCCUGGUGCCCGUGUCCAUCCGUCUGUCCAACCGUCUGUCCGUCUGCCGCGGUCUGCGGGUCCGUCCGGCGCGCCGCCCGCAGAGUCUCUCCGGGCCGCGCACCUGCCCGCGCACCUGCCUGCCGUCCGCCCGGCGCCCCGGCUCCGCUCGCGCCAGCCGCCCCGGACCGCUCGGGGCCCCGGCCGCCCUGCCCCCGCGUCCGCCCCGCGCCGCAGCCGGGCCCGGGCGCAGCGCUGCGGAGGCGAGGGCCGCGGGGGCCGGGCGGGCGGCGAUGAUGAACAGGUUCCGAAAGUGGCUGUACAAACCCAAGAGGUCGGACCCGCAGCUGCUGGCCCAGUUCUACUAUGCAGACGAGGAGCUGAACCAGGUGGCCGCCGAGCUGGACAGCCUGGACGGGCGGAAGGACCCGCAGCGGUGCACGCUGCUCGUCAGCCAGUUCCGCUCCUGCCAGGACAACGUGUUAAACAUUAUCAACCAGAUCAUGGAUGUGUGCAUCCCCCAGGACCGCGCCCCCCGGGAUUUCUGUGUCAAGUUCCCUGAGGAGAUCCGGCACGACAACCUGGCUGGCCAGCUGUGGUUCGGCGCUGAGUGCCUGGCCGCCGGCUCCAUCAUCAUGAACCGCGAGCUCGAGAGCAUGGCCAUGCGCCCGCUGGCCAAGGAGCUGACCCGCAGCCUGGAGGACGUGCGGGGCGCCCUGCGUGACCAGGCGCUGCGGGACCUCAACACCUACACGGAGAAGAUGAGGGAGGUGCUGAGGCAUUUCGACGUCCUGUUUGCCGAGUUCGAGCUGAGCUACGUCUCAGCCAUGGUGCCCGUGAAGUCCCCAAGGGAGUACUACGUGCAGCAGGAGGUCAUCGUGCUGUUCUGCGAGACGGUGGAGAGGGCCCUGGACUUCGGGUACCUGACCCAGGACAUGAUUGACGACUACGAGCCAGCCCUCAUGUUCACCAUCCCCAGGUUGGCCAUCGUGUGUGGCCUCGUGGUCUACGCGGAUGGACCCUUGAACUUGGACCGCAAGGUGGAAGACAUGUCUGAGCUGUUCCGGCCCUUCCAUACAUUACUGCGAAAAAUAAGGGAUUUGCUGCAGACCCUGACAGAGGAGGAACUUCACACACUGGAGCGGAACCUCUGCAUUUCCCAAGACGUGGAGUUCCCCAUCCGGGCAGACACCCAGGUGCCCCCGCCCCUGGCGCCUGCCUUUCCUGAGCCGCUUCCCCCUGAGGAGCUGCUCUCAGCCAAGGCCAAAAACCCGGAGGCGGAGCUGGCCUGCUCCAUGCAGUACGAUGACCAGGAGCUGGAGCAGCUCAACCGCAUGGUUCACAGGGUCGGGGACGAGAUGUCUUCCCUCCUCUCCCCGCCCAGCGCCUGCCAGUCCCCCGCGCACAGGCCAGGGCCAGAGGGCAGCCCCCGAGGGGAGUCCUCCCCAGGCAGCGCAAGGCUGCAGCCGGGCAGCGACGAGGAGGACGGAAGAGUGUUCUUCAUGGAUGACGUGGAGGGGGCAGCAGAGGCCCCGGAGGGCCCGUCUGGGUGGGCGGGCAGCACCCGUGCCGACCCCCAGGAGGGAGAGCAGGGUGGGGAGAGAGGAGAGGCGGGGGUCAGCGCUCCCACUGUGGCAGAGGAGGGGGACUUGAGCAAUAACAACAACAUCCAGGACGACAAAAUGUGGGCGGUGGGCCCCAACUCCUGCAGCUGCCUGGACUCCCGGCCGCACCUGGAUGGCUGGGAGGUAAGUGUGGACGAUGCCGAGACAGCCGAGAUCAUCGCCCACCGGACAGGGGGCAUGAAGCUCUCGGCCACAGUCAUCUUCAACCCCAAAUCACCCACCUCCUUGGACUCUGCUGUCACCACCCUGGAAGCCCCCGGAAAUGGCACCUCCCCAUCAGAGCCAGUGGCUGAGGGGCCGGAGGGUGGCUCCCACAAACUCAGUGCCGCGCCCACCAACUGCCUCCUUAACUCCUGCGUGUGCUGCGGGGGCUGUGGAGGCAGCAGGGAGGACGCUGUGGAGAGUGUGCGGGACAAGUGUAGCCCGGGCAGCGUCAUCAGUGCCUCCUACGUGGGCUCGGCCAAGACCAGCGCCAAGGGCCCGGCCGCAAGGCUGGAGGAGGCCCAGCCCGCCCUGCAGGCAUUGCCCACAGGCGCCCCGGACCCCCUGUCCUCAGAAGACGCCCCCGACAGGCAGGAGCCCAAAGCCCCGACUUCCAACAAGUGCCUGGCACACACCUCAGGUCCCCAGGUGGACGCAGCAGACGGGUUGCGGGGAGAAGGCGACGGCGCAAGUGGGCCACAGGAGCCUGAGGCCGGACAGCAGGACGAGGGGCAACCCCCGGCGGCCAGGGAGGAGAGUCGGCACGGAGAGCUGGCCAAGGGGGAGCCUCAGGCAGGCGACUCCAGCGGCUCCACGGCUGGUUCCAGCUCCUCAGACAAGACCGGGCCGGAUGCGGUCCCUGCAGCCACAAGAGAGAAGAUCCGGUCCAGGUUCCACGGCAGCCAUGACCUGAUCCACCGCCUAUUUGUCUGUAUUUCAGGUGUGGCUGACCAGCUGCAGACGAACUAUGCCAGUGAUCUGAGAAGCAUUCUCAAGACCCUCUUUGAGGUCAUGGCCACCAAGCCGGAAACGGAUGACAAGGAAAAGUUAAAGAAGGUCACCCAGACCCUGCGGAAUGCAGCCUUGGAGGACUGCGCCCUGUGCCAGGAGACACUGUCAUCCUCUGAGCUUGCAACCAAGACCCACGACGGUGACUUAGAAGACCCGCCCGAGUGGGUCCCAGAUGAGGCCUGUGGCUUCUGCACGGCAUGCAAAGCACCCUUCACCGUCAUCCGCCGGAAGCACCACUGCCGCAGCUGUGGGAAGAUCUUCUGCUCCCGCUGCUCCUCACACUCGGCGCCGCUGCCCCGCUAUGGGCAGGUGAAGCCGGUCCGCGUGUGCACGCACUGCUAUAUGUUUCACGUCACACCCUUCUACAGCGACAAGGCGGGCAUCUGACACAGCGCCCAGACACUCCCCAAGACCGCCAGGGCCUGUGGACUCCCAGGAAGGAGGCACCGAGGGCCGUGCUCCCUGCCUCCUCCAUCCAGGCCGCGGCUGCUGGAGAGUUUUCAGUGCAUUUCAUCGAGCUGCUGCCACCGCCAACGCAGGCGCUGCAGGCUGCCCAGACUUCCAGAGCGUCCAGCGCCUCCAUCCCACCCACCCCGGCCUCCCCACCCAUGGGGACCCCAGGCCAGCCUCAGGGGCCAACAGGAGGUCCGCUUUGCCCAGGGGAGUACCCAGGGGUGUGCCAGGUGGCUGCCUGGGGGUUGGGCUCUUCUCCCGCCUGCGCCCCUGACCCACUGAGUUGCUGCCUCGAGGCUCAGCCAUGGCAGAAGGCCUGCUCAGCGCCCGCUCUUAAUGGGGGAAGUCGGGUGGUUGUCUGAGCUCCAGGCAGCCUUGGCACCUGGGGCUAAACCCAGGGCAGAUGGUAGGCACCUAGGGGAGAGGGACCAGGCCCCAGCAUAGCGUACUGCAGGGCUUCCCGUGUGCUUGCUGAGCCAGGAAGCCCGGGCGACCUUGUCUCUCCAGGGCCCUGAGCCCACAGCUGCCCACCUCCUUCCCCAGUGCUGUCCCCUCCCCACUCCUCCCAGGACCUUGGCUAAACAGCAUGCAUCUCAUUUCUUCUCAGAGGGGAAAAUGCAGAAGCAGACCCAGGGGUCCUCUGGGCAAGCAGGGGUGCCCCUGGUGAUGUCUGCUCACCACUGGCCACCUGCAGAUGGGGAGCAGGUGGCUGCCCACACAGCAUUGAGACCCACAGGCAGACGUUUACCGGGUCCUUAGGCCAGGGCUCCCUGGGCGGCGGAGGACCACCGGACGUCACCCAUUGGGCUGCCAAUACCCCCUUCCCUCUGCACUCCCUGGGACCCCAGCGCACCUCCACAGACUGUGGAGCAGCCCAGGACCCAGGCUGAGGGCCCCAGCACGGACACCUCCUCAGGCUUAAAUCUCAGGCUUCACGUUGCAAUGACGAUGCAGUUUUAUUUUUAGAGAGAUGACACACCUACUGCUUCUUUUAUAGGAUAAAAUCCAAUUACUAUUUAACAGUGGAAUACAUGUGCACAAAAAUGGCUUCUGUGGGGGGAAAAAAGUAUAUAAUGGAGGGAAUAAUAUGUAUUGAGAUUAUUUUUAUUUUCUAAAUGCUGUAAUUCGAAACCAUUUCCAUAAAUCUAUUUAAGAAUUGCAGACGCUCUUAUUUCUUACGUGGAUACAGACUCCUUUUUCUCUGUCUGGGUGUUCUUGCAAACCUGCAUUCUCCCCUAGGAAGCUGGGGGCUUCUGAACUCUUGGGACAACUGAAGGGUAGGACUUGGCCUCCCACCAGGCCCCAGGAGAGGGGUGGCCACCUCCCACCCCAUCCCACUCCCCACAAGGGUUCUAGUCUCCCCACUGCCCGGCCACCUGCCCAGCCCCUCUUCUCACGUGUCCUCGGCUCAGACCCCUGGCCUGUGCAUAUGUUUAACAGGGCGUGCUGUUGGACACCCCACCUUGGGGCCCUCCCCACCUUAGUGGUCCUGGUCCUAUGCCACCCACCCAUCUGGGGCUGCCUUCUGGUGUGCCCUAGAGAGAAUCCAGGAGGGCAGGCCUUGAGCUGAGGUUGCCAUGGCAACGGGCCUUCCUCUGCUCUUGGAGGCUGAGCCCUUGGGACUUGGUGCCCAGUCCCUGGGAGGUGGGUGCUGGGGGGCCAGAGAAUGGGGGAAUGGCUGCAAGAGGCUGCAAGAGGCCCCACUGGCCGCCAUACCCACUUUCUUUCUGGUAGGUGAGAAAGUGUUUCAGAAUGUGGGGGCCCGCUCUGAGCAGCCCCGGGUCGAAGGCUGGGCCCCAUCCUCCAGCCCACCUGGACAGAGCUCCUCCCGCCACUGUGGAUGGCUGCAGCCUGUGCCACUGGCUGGACAGCAGCCCCUGCUGGAAUGUCAGCUGUCUGGGAAUGUCAUGUCAGCUGGAGCUCCCAUGAAGCUGUCCUGCAGGGUCCCCCUUCCUCUCCUCACAGGCACCCACAGUUGUCACCUUCCAGACUUGAGACGUGGUGGCCCUUCUCACCCAAGUCAGGGUGGGAGAGGGAGUAGAGACCUAGGAAAGAGGGUCUGCCCAUCCUUGGCACAGACAGAGCCUCCCUCCAGAGGAGGUAUCCUGGGCCUCAGGGAGACAGGGGGAGCUCUGGAUGUGGCCUGGUCCUGGGAAGCCCGCCGAGCCAGCCUUAGCCUGCCUCUGUGCAGUGCUGUGGGGAGGCAGCCCUGCCCUGAGCUGUAACGCAGGAAGGCCUGGGACCGUCAGAGGCCCCAGUGAGGAUGACCAGCUGUCCCAUUUGUUG